GGGAGUGGUGGGGCGGGUCCUCCCGGCUGUCAGCUGUGGCCCUAGGCGCCUAGGCGGGGUGGCGGUGGCCAUUGGCGGAUAGGAGGGCGGGGCGGGCUCGCCCGGAGCGGCUAUACUAGGCCGUUCCAGCGGAGGUGAGCAACCGGCCUGGGAGGCACAGUGUGUGUUGCAGCGAUCCGGCUUGCAGCAGAGAUCCGGCUUGGCCCUGCGAGGAAGGCUGUGUGCAGCAACGAUCCGGCUUGGCCAUGGCAGCGGCGCCUCUGAAAGUGUGCAUCGUGGGCUCGGGAAACUGGGGAUCAGCUGUUGCAAAAAUCAUCGGAAGCAACGUGAAGAAGCUGCAGAAGUUCUCCUCCACGGUCAAGAUGUGGGUCUUCGAGGAGACUGUGAAUGGGAGAAAGCUGACGGACAUUAUCAACAACGACCAUGAAAACGUGAAAUAUCUCCCAGGACACAAGCUGCCAGAGAAUGUGGUCGCUGUCCCAAAUCUCAGUGAAGCUGUGCAGGAUGCCGACCUGCUGGUGUUCGUCAUCCCCCACCAGUUCAUUCACAAGAUCUGUGACGAGAUCACAGGCAGGGUGCCCAAGAAGGCCCUGGGGAUCACCCUCAUCAAGGGCAUAGAUGAGGGCCCCGACGGGCUGAAGCUCAUCUCCGACAUCAUCCGAGAGAAGAUGGGAAUUGAUAUCAGCGUGCUGAUGGGGGCCAACAUCGCCAGUGAGGUUGCUGCAGAGAAGUUCUGUGAGACCACCAUUGGCAGCAAAGUGAUCCAGAACGGCCUCCUCUUCAAGGAGCUCCUGCAGACACCCAACUUCAGAAUCACGGUGGUAGACGAUGCGGACACCGUGGAGCUUUGCGGUGCUCUUAAGAACAUUGUUGCAGUGGGAGCUGGCUUCUGCGACGGCCUCCGCUGUGGGGACAACACCAAGGCAGCCGUCAUCCGCCUGGGCCUCAUGGAAAUGAUUGCUUUCGCCAAGAUCUUCUGUAAGGGCCAGGUGUCCACGGCCACCUUCUUGGAGAGCUGCGGGGUGGCUGACCUCAUCACCACCUGCUACGGAGGGCGGAACCGCAGGGUGGCAGAGGCCUUCGCCAGGACCGGGAAGACCAUCGAGGAGCUGGAGAAGGAGCUACUGAAUGGGCAGAAGCUCCAGGGCCCUCAGACGUCGGCGGAGGUGUACCGAAUCCUCAAGCAGAAGGGGCUGCUGGACAAGUUUCCCCUCUUCACUGCAGUGUAUCAGAUCUGCUAUGAAGGCAAGCCUGUCACGCAGAUGCUGUCCUGCCUGCAGAGCCACCCGGAGCACAUCUGAAGGAAGUCAUGCAGCCAUCAGGAACAGCUCUGCCUUGCCCACUGUAGGACCACCAGAAAACCAGGGGUUGGCAGCAAUAUCCUGCUGAACUGUACUCUGAUUGGAACACAUACAAAUUGUUACAGCUUUGUCUCUGUGCCAGGAGAGGCACUUCCCCGGCCAAGAUGUGUCGGGUAACAGCUACAGACACACACGCACAUGAGUGAGUAUAUGUGUGAGUGAGUGUGUGUAUGUGUGUGUGUGUGUACACAAGUGUGCACCUUUCUCAUUCUGUGAGUGUUUCUCUGAACCCAAAUCAGGUGUCUAUUUUAAUGAUCACAUUUUAAAUUUCCGCUACAGGACUGCUUGUGAGAGUAGAACUAACUCAAGCUAAAUUUUAUGGCUGUGACUGGUUUAUAUACGAGUGAAGGGAGGAAGUGGUUUGUUUUGUCCUCUGAAACAGUUAUCCAACAUUUAAAAGGUCUGCAUAUAUGUGCGUUUAAAGACCACCACACUUUACUUUAAACAGCAGCUCAGAGCCAGCAACAUGAGCUCCUUAGAUUGUGGAUUGACAGCUUAACAAUCAGGUGUUUUAAUUAGAUGCUCCACGUACACAUUUCUUCUUGAUACAGAUACCACAUUUCUCUCCUCUUCCCUCUUUACUCGCUGCUAGAAUGGGCUUUUCUACAGACCCAGCAAGGCAGAGGAAGAAGAUGUCCCUGCAAUAGCUGACAUUUCCUCCUGGGUACAAUUUUAUCAUGCUCUUUGCUAGGUGGGACUUUCUACAGCUGUGUCUCUUCAGGCUCAUGGAAUCUUCAAGAGGGCCACUGUCACUUCUCAUGCAUGUAAGAAGCCAUAGCUGUAUUCGGUCACCCAGGGACAUGGACAACCCUCCAUCCCUCCAGGAUGGGACCUGCUAGGAUGUGCAAAGAGUCAGAAAGUCACCACUCCAAGUGAUGUCCCCAAUCCAGGGGACAUCCAGCUGGGUGGUUCCCAGGUCUCAAAAAUAGCCCCUGUGUUUCAACAUUGCCUUCCAUGCAUCUUUGAUGCUCACUACAGUUUGAGAGCCACUAGAUUAGAGAAGUUACAGCCUUUGCCGAACAAUGUUCUAUAAGAGACAAGUGCCCUGGAGUCUCCUGGCUCUCCCAGGUGGACCCUGGAAUGGCCAGGUGAGUUUGGCCAUUCCAGUUGCCUGCCUCUUCACACUUUCCUAGAGGGGGGAGGGAGCCUGGAUACUCGGAACCUGCUAAGCUAAAAAGUCCCAAACACAUUAGACUGAGAGAUUUUUACUAGAAUAUUAACCAUUUCUAGAGAAUACUGGUGACCCUUAUGUUCCACGGAGAAUCAAGAUGACUAACUUCCUGUGAGAGUUUGUUCUAUGUAACCUUGGCUGGCCUUGAACUUGUUACCUUCUUGCCUCUGUCUCCUGAGUGGCCUGGGUUUUGCAGUUUCUGACCUUUCUGAAUCCCUGAGGAAAUUUUCAGGAGACAGGGUCAGGCACAGACAAGUUGAUGUCGACUUACUGAAACGCACACUAUCUGGAGUGAGUGCUCUGGAUGCUAGAAUUAGAACACAGAUGAUUUUAUCUUUAUUUAAAAACCAGGCAUCCCGAGGGGGUGGGAAGAGCAUGUGGAUGCCAUUGUCCUGUGCUUUUAGCUUAUGAGAGUUUCUACUUCCUCUCCCUCAUCCUGGGUUUGUUAGUCCCUGCCCUUAUCUACAUCCCUUGUAUAACUGAAAAUGAUUGUAAAAUAAAUUUUUAUGGGAAUUUUUAAAACUAUCCAAGAAGACUUGGAACAUUGUAAAGUCCCAUACCCAACGCGCACAGCAGGAUGAAUAUUUCCGUUUUCAUAAUGAUGUCAAUCAGUUUUUUUCUUGCCUCCUGGUAAGUCUGUUUUGUUUUUUUUUUUUUUUAAACUCUGUACAUAUGUAACAAAGAGUUACUUUUUAAGAUAUCCAAAGGGCUGAAAGCUACCGUGGUGUCUACAAAGUAGCACAGUGCAGAAUUGUUAACCUUUGUGUUUUGCAUCCUCAAUUACAUUCACCCUUCCUCUGGCCUUGUACUUCUGGGUCCUUCCUUCCCUCAUGAAUGACCCUUACUGACUGACAUCCCCCUGAAGUCAGCUGAUGUGCUUAUCAUAAUCCAGUCAUGAUGGAAACAGGUCAAUUUCUCAUUUGCGCUCUGAUGGCCGGAGGUGUUACUCUGCGUUAGCUAUUUUUGUAACCUUGUAACCACCUGCUGAUUGGUGUUUCUUGUGGUGAUUGGAUCAAGGACACCUAGAUUAGAAACUUCACCUGUGAAUGUAAAACUAAACUCUUGCCUUGUUACUCUCUCCACCUCAGUUUUGGACAAACCUCUGGAAAUCCACCCCUGAGGCUAAGCCUGCCUUCUGGUGUUUUCACAGCUGGCCUAAGGAGGGUGCUGUGUGAGAUUGCUGUGUCUAAACAGAAUUGUUUCUCAGCCAGUUCUGACUGGCUGGCCUCCUACUUCCACAUGUACUGUAUUUGUUUACAGACUGUAGGUGGAUGUAUAGUGUAAAGGCUUGGUUUAAUAAACACAACUUUCAAACCUGUA